GAGGUAGUGGAGCGAACCAUGAAGAGGAGGCAGCGGAGAGAGUGGGAGGCCCGGAGACGAGAUAUCCUCUUUGACUAUGAGCAGUACGAAUAUCAUGGGACAUCCUCCGCCAUAGUGAUGUUUGACCUGGCAUGGAUGCUGUCCAAGGACCUGAACGACAUGUUGUGGUGGGCCAUCGUUGGACUGACGGACCAGUGGGUACAAGACAGGAUCACCCAAAUGAAGUAUGUGACUGACGUUGGCAUCCUGCAGCGCCAUGUGUCCCGGCACAACCACCGGAAUGAAGAUGAGGAAAAUACCCUUUCUGUGGACUGUACCCGGAUUUCCUUUGAGUACGACCUCUGCCUGGCUCUCUACCACCACUGGUCCCUCUACGACAGUCUGUGCAAUACCAGCUACACCGCGGCCAGGUUCAAGCUCUGGUCUGUGCAUGGGCAGAAGCGGCUUCAGGAGUUUCUUGCAGACAUGGGGCUUCCCCUGAAACAGGUGAAGCAGAAGUUUCAGUCCAUGGACAUCUCUUUGAAGGAGAAUUUGCGGGAAAUGAUUGAAGAAUCUGCAAAUAAAUUUGGGAUGAAGGACAUGCGUAUACAGACUUUCAGCAUCCAUUUUGGUUUCAAGCAUAAGUUCCUGGCCAGCGACGUGGUCUUUGCCACCAUGUCUCUAAUGGAAAGCCCUGAGAAGGAUGGCUCCGGGACGGAUCACUUCAUACAGGCUCUGGACAGUCUCUCCAG